AUGCCGGACCUACCGAAAUAUGAUGGAACAAAAGACCCCUUGGAGCAUCUAGCAGCAUUCGAUAUGAAAUUUUCAUUCCACUUCGCCAGCAAGAGGAAACAGAAGCGAUCGGCGAUUUACCUUUUCACCAUAAGACAGCAAGACAAUGAGGGAUUGAAGAGCUUUAUGGGACGUUUUAACAAUGAGACACUGGAAGUACCAGAUUUAAAGAUCGAUAUGAUGGUCAGUAUCCUAAUUCACGGGCUGAAGAAGGGUGCACUUGCUUCUGCAUUGGCUCGAGACCCCCCAUCUGAUGUUGAGCAGCUUAUGUGUAUGGCACAAAAGUAUAUAGAUGAGGAGGAAAUGAAUGCCAUGAAAGAUGGCGAAUGGAGGAUCGAGCAUGGUAGAGAUCGAGGACAUUAUGAUAAGGAUGACAGACGACCAAAAUAUGAAUGGAACAAGGAGCCCCAUUACCAACAAAAGUAUCACAAGUACACCCCCCUCAACACAACGAGAGCAAAAGCGUUGCUUCUGGUUGAAAGAAAAGACGUGCUUAGAUGGCCAAAAACCACAAGGGUCACUCCCGCCAAGAAGUAUUCGAGCAAGUACUGCCGAUUCCACCAUGAGCGGGGCCAUGAUACUGAGGAAUGCUACCAACUUAAAGACGAUAUCAAACGGUUGGAGAGACGGGCAGAAAAUGGGAUCGUUGCAGGACAGAACGCUCAGAACAAUGCGUCUGUGAAAGGCGUUAUACACAUAAUAGCAGAAGGAUCAGACACAGGAUAUUCGAGGAGAGCAAGAAAAAAGAUUGAACUAAAAGUAGGCGCGAUCGCAAGUAGACAGAUUAUGAACAUAUCACAGGAAUCGGACAUCACAUUUGGUGCUCAGGACCUGAAAGAGAAAAUCGGGGACGAUAAUGACCCAAUGGUAAUCAAGAUGGACAUAGCUAACUUCACGGUCCAUAAAGUACUGGUGGACAACGGAAGCUCUGUAGAUAUUAUUCUCAAAAAGGUGCUCAUCAAGAUGGGUCUGGGCAAUGUUAGAUUAAACCCCGUGAACUCGCCGUUGGUCGGCUUCGGGAGGGAGUGA